CGAAGUAGACCACCCCAACCAACAAUGUUAUCAUCACGAGUAGGGAAUACUGCGAGACUGCGCUGUUUGUCAUCGACUCAGCUCGUGGCGCCGGCUAGGUGCAUGUCAGCGGCAGGAAGCCGUCGCGCAUGUUUUCGGCCCCAGACAAGGCGCGUCGCGAGCCUACAGUCACGUGCCCUCCAUCACUUUCGACCUUUAACCUCACAACAAACAUUCUCGAAGACGGCAGAAGAGCAAGCAGAAUAUCAGAAUGGAUUAGCACCAACAAUACUGCAAUCUGCCUUUCCCAAGAAGACAUUCGCCAUCCUCGUCACCAUUAGCGCCCUGGCAUACUACUUUGUCGACGUCCGAGAUCUGGAUUGGACUGACGAUGUAGUAAACAGCUUCGGUUACGACAAUGUCGGCGUCACACCUCUUCAGUUCUUCGCCAGCAAGGAUGAACUGGAUCACUUCCUGCAGCACCACACCGGGGACCCCAGUCACCUAAUGAAGGACCCGCAAGUCGCUCAGUUCAUGAGCGAGCACUUCGACAAGCUAGCUGGUGGGUGGAGAAUGACCGAGAAAGACGCAGCUGAGGAGAGUAUCUCUGUGACACACGGCUGCCGCUUUAAGAGCAACGAGCCCUGCGAAGACUACUUCGCCUUCGGCACCUCCCCUGGCCCAGGCCAGCAACCAUGGAAUUACUGGAGUAUUAUGGACGGGCAUGCCGGUCGUCACACUUCCUUUAUGCUUCAACGGAUACUCAUUCCCUCGCUUUCUAGCGCGCUCCUCACACUUCCUGCGCACACGUCCCCCUUCGAGAUCGAAUCUACCAUUAAAAACACCUUCCUGCGCAUCGACAAGCAGAUUAUGGACUCCGCCCGCACAGCAGCCAACUGGUUUCCUGCAGCCAAUGCCGCCGCCAUAGGCGCGCUCGCACCCGCGUUCUCGGGCUCCUGCGCGCUGCUGGCUGCGUUUGACCCGGCAUCCUCUGUGCUCCGCGUAGCAUGCAUAGGAGACUCGCGCGCAGUGCUUGGACGCUGGGACCCCUCGACUCGCUCCUACACCUGCAUUCCGCUGUCAGAAGACCAGACAGGUUUCAAUGAGAAGGAAGUUAAGAGAAUCACCGAAGCACACCCAGACGAACCGGACAUCCUGGACCCAAAAACCGGACGCCUGAUGGGGCUGGCAGUGACCCGAGCCUUUGGCGACCAUCGCUGGAAAUGGGACAACGAGUUCGUCAAAAUGGUGCAAGCCAAGUUCUGGGGCUCGUCGCCCCGCCCGCAGUCCAAAACAGCGCCAUACAUGACCGCGGAGCCCGAAGUCACAGAGACAGACAUCGUGCGCCAUUCGUCCGGGAAGGGGAAAAGUGAUUUCAUGAUUAUGGCUAGCGACGGGCUCUGGGACAGAAUCAGUUCCGAGCACGCAGUCGAGUGUGUGGAGCGCUGGCUCGAGGCACGUGAUCGCGGGCACGGCGAGGUGAAGAACGAUCCUCGCCUCCAGCUUACUGCGCAGCAAUUCGAGAACCCGAUGGUUGAGGAUUCGGGCUUUACUUACAACGCUGAGACAGGCGAACAGGUUGAGUGGAAAGCGACGCCCGAGUACUUUGCCAUCGAAGACGAGAAUGCAGCUGUCUGCCUUGCUAGAAAUGCAAUGGGUGGAACGAGGAGGGCUCUGUUCAUGGGCGUACUCAACGCGCCGCCGCCGAUGGGACGGUAUGCUGUCGAUGAUACAACAAUUAUGGUGGUCUUCUUUGACAAGUUGGAUGAGCAGACGGCGGGGAAGCAAGCCGCGUCCAAGGCCGGGAUGGGCGAGAAAAAGAGUUGGUGGAAGCCAUGGUGAUUUGCCACAGAAUCCGAAUGUUGGCAUAGGCUGGCAGGCAGCAUACCAACUGGUAGUCACGAUUGGUAGAUAGCAAGGGACACUUAUUUACGCAACAUGCAGUUAACAUCGAGCACUGCGAUCGAUCUAAGUGUGCUCUUCCCGUGCAAGAAAUGACAAGAGA